AUGGCCAGAUUAAGAACAUUUGAUCUCAUUGCUUUCUCUUUGGUAUGUUUUGUGGGUGUUUACACAGGUACUCAAUUCUUUGAGCCUAUAGUAAUAGAUAGGUUAGAAAAGGAUGGAAAUUUAAGAAAGGACAUCGAGAUACCUCAGUAUGAUGAGGAGGGCAAUCCUUUGAAUCCUAAAUCAAUGCUUGAGCUAAGACAAGAACUCAGUAAGGUUCAAGAACAAAAAGAGGCGGAGAGAAUUGCCAAUAACGGUUCUAAAAGCUCAUGA